GUGCCCGGCCGCGCGUGCCCGGAGAUGUGCUGCAACGAUGGGGAAGGCAGCAGGCGAUGAGACGUACUUCCAGAGGGGCAGUCUGUUCUGGCGCACCGUCAUCACCCUUUCCCUUGGCUACUACACCUGGGCUGUCUUCUGGCCUGAGAGUAUUCCUUAUCAGAGCCUCGGGCCCCUGGGCCCCUUCACUCAGUACUUGGUGGACCAUCAUCACAGCCUCCUGCGCAGUGGGUAUUGGCUUGCCUGGCUGAUUCACUUGGGGGAGUCCUUGUAUGCCAUGGUAUUGUGCAAGUCUAAAGGCAUCACAGAUGGUUGGGCUCAACUCCUCUGGUUCUUACACACGUUCCUCUUUGGGAUAGCAUCUCUCUCCAUCUUGAUUGCUUACCGACCGAAACGCCAAAAACAAACUUAAAGAAGAUAUCCAGAAGCUUUCUCUACACUUUGAUCAACCCUGCCUUUUUUGGGGAGUGCUGUAUUUACUCAAACUUCCUACUUUCUAAAAAGUUAAGACCCUCUAGUUAUGUAUUAUUCUUUCAUACCCUCUGGUUAAGCUUGAGUGCAUAACAGGAAAAGAUUUUAGCUUUCCAAGUCUGCAGACUGACCUGCUUGGCGGGGGGGCUUCCAGCUACCUUCUUGAGGCCCUUGGCUGUGUUGGUGCCCUCCCUGUCAUCUGGUUUAAGCCAGAUACUAAAUUUGCCUGUUGGCAUACCUUUGCUCCCACUUUCUGAUUAAAACACCUUACCCUUACCACUACCAUCUUAGCUCUCCUUUCCCAAAAAUUUUUCCACCUUUCUGGACCAAGAUAGAGUGAAAAAGUGAAAAGUGAAGUCUACAACACAUCAAUUCCACACACAUUUACUAGGCACCUGUGAGGGAAGAACUUAUCCUCCAUUUCUCAGACUACCGAGAAAGAUAAGGAAAAUAAACAAGUGCCUGGAAUGGGGAAGGCUGAGCAAUUACACAGAGGGAGUGAGGAUCUGCUGACAACCAAGAGGAGAGGAUUGGGGAAUGCCUUCCCGAUCCUGCCAGCCAGAAGUGGUCCUGCCCUCCACAUCACCCCUCGGAGACAGUGCUCUGUAGUGUGCAGGGUUUACCGCUAGAUUGCUGCUUCAAGUCAGGACCACAUCUUAGACAGCUUUCUUUUCCCCUUAACACCUGUCCCGUUGCCUUGCACGGAGGUGUUCUAUCAGUGUUUAUUGAGCAAAGGAGGGAAACUCUGAUUUCACUUUCCACUUGAGUAUCAUUCCAGUUUGUGUGUGAAAACUGCAGAACCCAUUCAGUGUUCCCUCGUCUCAGAAAAGCACAGGACUGCCUUUGACUGGUAGUGGCACCUUUCUGUGGGUGCCCUGGUGGGAAACCUGUGUCUUUCACACUUGGCUAUUCUUGGUCACUUUCUCCAGACUCUAGAGGCUUCCCUCCAGCUCUGUCUUACUCAAACACAAACAUUCCUGUUCUAGAGAUUCUAGCCCAUGGGUUACCCAGCUAGUUACUACUGCUCCCAUUCACCUGGUUGUACCUUACUACUGACUGAUUGGGGCAGGAGGGUCAUUGGCUGUGUCCCCUGACCCUGGGAGAAUGACUCUGUCACCUCUAGGAGCCAUGAGGGCUUCUUCCCUGGAGGACCACCUGCUUGUUCUCUAGGGACUAGACCUUAUUUUCCUUCCAGGAUCCAGUGGGGCAUGUUAUUUGGUUUAAGUAAGCAUUUGUCAGAAACAGCCCCCUCCCCCAAAAAAGACCCCAAGUGAAAGCACAACAAUGAAAGAUUAUGGACUAUGACUUGUUUCUGAUGGAGACCAAUUUCUGCAAAUUAAUAUCAGUCUUUCCCUCUGUUUCUCUUGUGAUAAAGGGGUUGCUUUUUGGUAAGGAAAAAGAUUUUUGAUCGUAGAGUUAAACUUCAUGGAAAUCCAACCCAGGUUUUUUUAGAAGUAAUGGUCCUCUUCAAUGAUAAAUAAUGAGGAUAAUAUUAAUGGUGCCAGGAACAAUAUAGUAGAUUAGUGAGUGAAAUGGAUUAACUUGAAUAAAAUGCUGUGAAUUGUUUCUCCA